GACGUCAGAAACAAUGGGGCAUGCAGAUGACAUUGAGUCACUAACUGCUCAGCUGGUUACGGGAAUGGAUGUCGGAGAGUGUGGUGGUGUCGCUGUGGAUAAUGAACGUGGUACUCACCCCAGGAUGAGCUUAUACAAAAAUCUUGGACGUGCCAUCGAUCAGGAAAGAAGAUGGCGAUCGGAGUUGGCCAUAACAAAUCGUAAGAACAAGCGACAAGCUCUUAUCGAUUGCAGCAGAGGAUUGCAAAUUUUUGGACCGCAAGGUGGCAACAAAACCGAUGUUUCCCACCCUUGGGCUUCAAAAGCAUCUUCCUUUACUGGUUCAAGCUGGCGAUCCUUUUCUCGUAAAUUAAUGUUAGCAGAAUGGCUCUUGUUUAUGCCUCCAGAAUUUGCGACUUCCUAUUGUAUGGUCCCAUGUCCAAAGGGUAGGCACGUACUAGUUUGUGCAGCCAAGGCUAAAACCAUAGUCUACUCUCGAACCGGGGCACCUCUUUUGGAGUUAACCUCCAGAUUGCCCGGUGGUGGUCUCGGCCAGAGUGACAAUCAGAACGACACUUAUUCUACACUACUUGACUGCAUCAUGUUAUCCUCCUCCGCCGCGGAUCCUCUCACUUGCGAAUCACACGAGGCGAAUACCGAAGUGGUCGUUUUCAAAGUGCUCGAUCUCAUACAAUUCCGAUGUACUUGUUACACCCAUUUACCAUUUCAUGAACGCUCCUUAUGGCUGCGCCACUAUUUGCGACCACAGAUCGAAGAAUAUCAUGAAAAUGAUCCAGUGCGAUUCGAAGUGUUACCUUCUUACGCCUGUGACACCGUCUCCAUGAACGCUGUUAUGUCCAAUGCCUGUGAGUACGAUGUUGACGGCUUUCUGUUCUACCAUCAAGACGUUCGGUACAAGCCUGGUGCUACGCCCUUAGUUGGGUGGUUAAAACCCUACAUGAUGCCCGAAUGGUUCCCCGAUCUGCACGUGCAUGAAAGCUACAUGAAGGAUAUACCUGUGGAUUACACUGAUUAUCUAAACGACGUGCUUAUCCAGGAAGAAAGAGGAAGACGGGCAAAACCCACUCAACGGACAACAGCUGUACAUACCGUUCAGAAAUAACUCGAGCAAUCUCCUCAUUCCGAUUUACUCUCCACUCAGAUGAUGGGGGAAUAACCGAAUUGAUAUCUCGAUGUUACUCUCUCAUCUUUGCAGAUUCAAACACACACGUGUGUCCGCCAGAACAACAGUGACACCGCCUACCUAGAAGCGGGUGCGACCAUAUCAUUGUGCUUUCAAUAAAAGAUCGAUAUUUG